AUGUUUUCUCUCCUCCGGUCUGCAACAGCUUUUCUCAUCGCAACUGCAUCUCUCGCACAAGGCUACUCUAACCCCGGAGCAUGUUCUGGUGCUUGCUGGGCCCACGACCCUUCUAUCAUCCAGCGUACGAGCGAUAAUUUAUACUUCAAAUUCAACACUGGAAGUGGAAUAGAAAUAGCGACUGCGAGUUCGCUAAGUGGUCCUUGGACUCUCACGGGUUAUGCUCUCCCAAGCGGAAGUAAGAUCGACUUGGCUGGUAAUACAGAUUUAUGGGCUCCCGACGUUCACAAGGUUGGAGAUCUCUACUACAUGUACUAUGCCGUCUCGACAUCCGGAUCACAGACCAGUGCAAUCGGUCUUGCGACCAGCAGCACGAUGGACGUAGGUUCUUGGACUGACCUCGGGGCUACCGGAGUAGCAUCGUCUCCUUCAAAAGUGUACAAUGCGAUUGAUCCAAACCUCAUAGCAGUCGGCAGUAGCUACUACCUUAACUUCGGAUCCUUCUGGCACGAUAUCUACCAAGUGCAAAUGAGCUCGGAUGCGAAAACUCCGUCUGGCACGUCAGUCAAUAUCGAGUACGACGCAACCGGUACACAUCCAUGCGAAGGCAGUUACAUGUUUUAUUACAGCGGCUACUAUUAUCUGCUCUGGUCUCAUGGAAUAUGCUGCGGAUAUGAUACGACCAAACCCGCGACAGGCGACGAGUACAAAAUCAUGAUGUGCAGGUCGACAUCCGCAACUGGCGGCUUUGUAGACCAGAGCGGUGUUGCAUGCACCUCAAGCGGAGGAACGACACUACUCGCAAGCCAUGGGACUACCUAUGGCCCAGGUGUGUUUACAGACUCAAGCAAAGGACUAGUGCUCUACUAUCAUUACGCCGACACGGACGUAGGACUAGGAGAUGGCAGUUACCUGUUUGGUUGGAACGUUCUAGGAUGGUCGAACGGGUGGCCGACUGUUUAG